UACUCGAUGUAGGCAGGAUAUUUAGGGCAAUAUAACCAAAGGGCAAAAUAUCCAAAACCAAGAGAGCCAGAGUCACUCGCAAAGGCCACAGCUCCCGAGAGCAACACCAACAAGGAAGAAGAAGAUGCGGACGCUCGGUGCUGCCUGCGCUUCCUAUUCUCUAGGCCGGAUUGUUUCGUUUGAAUCGUGCCGUCAAGCAUCGGAUAAGUUAUUGUUUCCUUGCAAUGUGAGAGAGCAGCUUGCCAAAGCAAGAAGGAUGCAUAAGGGAUACCGACUCAAGGCUGGCUUUUGGGAAUCCAUUAAAUCCGGUAUUUUAAACAACAACACCACGCAAGUAGUAGAACCACCCUCUGCGCUCCCAGAAGAGGAAGAAGAAGAACCUCUGCCUCAAGAAUUAGUUCUCAUUCAGAAGACUGAACCAGAUGGAACUGUUGAAGAAAUAAUAUUUUCUUCUGGUGGAGAUAUUGAUGUGUACGAUCUUCAAGCCCUUUGUGAUAAGGUUGGUUGGCCAAGGAGGCCGCUGUCGAAACUAGCUGCAGCUUUGAAAAAUAGCUACUUGGUUGCAACAUUACAUUCAGUUCGGAAAUCACCUGGAUCAGAAGGGAAUGACCAGAAGAAGUUAAUUGGCAUGGCUCGAGCUACAUCAGAUCAUGCCUUCAAUGCCACAAUUUGGGAUGUCCUUGUUGAUCCCGGCUAUCAGGGCCAAGGCCUUGGGAAGGCUCUUGUUGAAAAGAUUAUACGGGCUCUUUUGCAGAGGGACAUCGGAAACAUUUCACUCUUUGCAGAUAGUCAGGUUGUGGAGUUCUAUCAAAAUUUGGGUUUUGAACCCGACCCGGAGGGCAUCAAAGGCAUGUUUUGGUACCCAAAGUAUUAGUUCUCACUCAAAAAGGUCAAGCUUGUACCUUGUAUGCUAUUGGUUUAGAGAGCAAGUGGUAAAUCCGAUUGAAAAUUUUAUAAUUACCAAAUCUGUGGCUGUAUCCCUAUAUUUUUAUUCUGAACUGAAGUAUAUUUCGUUUGGUGCUUAA